ACUUGGUCGCGCGCGCGAGUGUGUGUUUUUAGUCAGAGGAAAACUUUUACAGGAAAAUCAAAAAAAUGUGUAAGUCUAAUUGCAAGGUAAUUGCAUAAUAGCGUGAAGGCUACAGAACGCACAAAAUCAUCAGUUAAAAAAUAGUGCAACUAAAAUUUUAGUGAACUAAAAAGUGUCCGUUUAAAAUUCCAAAAUAAACCAACUUACAAAUCAACUAUACAAAACAGAAAUCAGUAAAACACAAACAAGAAAAUGGAGAACCCCCAGUCAACAUUUGAAUAUUUGUGCCGUGUCUGCGCCGCCAACACGAAAGGCAAAAACUCCGUGGCCGAAUGUGUUUAUAUACUGAAAACGCCAGCAUUAAAGGAUAAAAUCGAGCGAUAUCUGUAUUUGACGAUUUCAGAAGAGGAUAUACUACCGAAGGUGUUAUGCAAGGCUUGUUUCCGCCAAGUAGAAGCCACUGCGUCACUGUCCAAAAUCGCCAAGCACACACAAAAGGUUUUCCGUGAUUUCAUCUUCAAUACAAAGUCAUGUCUGCAAGCUGAAAGCAGUGAAAGCACCAACCCCACCAAUAAAGCUCCCGCAUCCAAGUCGCCAAAAGAAUGUACGUCUGGCGCUCAAGUACCGGAGAGACCGAAACCGAGGGAGCGCGAGAAGUUGGUUGUGCAGAGCGCUGAAUCCACACCGCCAGCAUCACUGCCCGCAUCGUCGACAUGUUCCCACAAAGACGAAGUCGUCCUAAAUGUGUCUGUCAACGAUCCGCUGACACGUGAAACCCAACACAAGAUGAUAACAGCAUCGCGACGUCAGAAUUCGCUGGACGCGCGUUUCACACCGAAAUCUAUAGCACAACGUGGCUUUGCCAGCACGCCGAAGCAGACAGAAGCUGCUGCGCCCACUAAGAAACCCACCACGUCGGGUGUUAUAAAUUUCUUCCCCAAUCGACAACAGCAAGUAACGACAGUCACUAGUGGUGGAUACGUAAUUGGUUGUGCACCUGAAACCGUGCCCACCAGCAAAGGUACAGCCGAACAGCCUACCAAAAACGCCAAUACUUUGCAGCAGAAGCGUAAAAAUCUCAAAAAUGCACUAAACAAUAUCAAAGCGGUUAAUGCUGGACAAGUUUCCCUACUGAAGGUCUCACAAAAGCUCGGUCAAAAUGCACCGGGUAGCCAACCACAAACGAAAACUGUCGAGCCGCCAACUUUGUUGGUGGAAGAUGAUGUACCAGCAGAGCCGCUUCCAGAGAAGAUGAUAAUUGCCGCAACAAAGCAACAGAAACAUCAAGUACAAGUUGCACCUCAGUCCACCCCACAUAUCGAACCAACAUCCGAGCCACAAAUACAAUCGGAACCGACCGAUUUGUCACAGUCGGCCAGACCCAGUAUUCCCGAUGACAUCUUGCUCGGUAAAGUAAUCAAAGAUGGAGAUCUGCUCAAACUCAUAUUAAAAGCACUGAAAUGGCCGGUAAAUAAAAACACAAUGGAGUCGCAAUUGGAGCGUUUGCGUAACUCACGAUUUGCCAUCAUAAUGGCGGAUCCGAAUCUGCUGCAAGACGCCGAUCUUACACAAAUAAUGGGUCCCUAUUUGGGCCCUGUUUUGCAGGCGGCACAAAUGUUGCAACAGCAACAGGUAGCAGCAGCAGCUGCGGCAGCUGCAGCAGUCACCAAAGAAACCGAGUUACAAGUGGCAAGCAUAACAACAGCGUUGCCGUACAAACUGCCGGCAGAGACUUCAGUUCAGUUAGUGCCAGCAAGCCCAGAAGAAGAAGCAGAAGUAUCCGACGUCACACCGAAGGCAAGCGCUUCGAACCAAUCAUUGAAGCGAGACGCCGAGAAUGAUAAUAUUAAAUUAGCACCGCCCAGAAAGAUGCGAAAGGUGUCGGCACGUGGACGCAGCGCGUCGAUAUUUAACAGCGAUGAAUACGCAGCUCUGAAUUCUACACUCAAUUCGCAAUAUUUGAAUUCCAAGUCGACACCCGACAUGCACGUCGAUCUCGAUCCAACGGCAUUAUUUACACAUUUGAACAUGCUAAGCGGUCUCAGUGCCACCAGCUCGAAUGAUGCCUUGCUGGCACUGCUACAACGGCAACGUGCCGCUCUUAGCCGCAUGCAGCAGUCCCAGUCACAACCACAGCCCAGACGCCAGCGUAGCAACUCGAUUAUUACAGUGCCGGCCAGCGGAAGUGACUUUGUUUUCGAUACAGAUGACAUUAUAUUGAUGGAACCGGAUGAUUGCACUGAAAGCACAACAACAAACUUGCAAAAUAAUGGCGAUGGAAACGCGGGUAGUUCCUCGAGUCUAUCACAAACCGAGUCCGUCACCUUUCCAGUGCCACAACAGGUAUCCAAACCAAUGAUAACACGUCCAAUUAUAAAACGUCGCAAAACCGUUAUACAGGCUUCACCAGCGCGCUUGAAUCUUGCCAUAAACACUAAGGAAGUAACACCUGUAACCUCAACACUAACCGAAAGCGUAGCAUACACUGCCACAACGACAAAAUUGGCGGCGGGCUCUUCCAAUGUAUUACAACCGACAGCAGCGCCGCCAAAGAAACCCUCCAAGACGCAAUCCCUCGACAGCCUCAACACAAUUGCCACCCAAUUCCCAUCCAACAUCAUCUCAAUUGGCACACAAGUACCAUCAAACACAACGAAUGCGAGCGAAGUCGCACCAACCGCAAUUGUAACUAAAGCAACGGAGACUAUGCUGACACCUACGGCAGCGACGGCUACCAGUGUGUCUUCGCUGGCGGGAAGCAAUACAACCAGUACGACCAAGGCUGUCCCAACGAAUGCUGCCGCAACCGGCAGGACGACUACGCGUAACAGUAACACAGUUAAAAGACAAACCUCUAGCAAAUCUGCGCUUGGCCAACAGUUACUGGAAGCGAUCGGACUGCAGAAGGUCGCAGCGGAGAAUAAAGAUGUCGCUGUGGUGUCGGCAACCACACCAGCGCCGCGUGGUUCUGUACAGCAAAUACGCAGCGCCUUGAAAAAGUCAUUGCAGAAAGCACAGGAGCAACAGCAGCAGCGCAGCAAAAAAGUUGAGGAUAAUUCUGAAGAGACAGUGAAUGUGGUGAAGGAAGUAGUGGUUCAACCACGCGCUAAACCAGCGUCCAACACACCGGCCGGUCCACUAGAUGUGGAGGAGGAGAUCAAUAAAAUCACAUUGGUAUUGCAGAGCAAAGCCAAGGAAGAUAAGAAAAUCGAAGAGGCAGACAAACGACUGACCGCGGCGGCGCCAAGCAGAAUCCCUGGCAUCAGACGAAAACUAUUGCCGCCCACACGCAAUCGCAAGUCCACAGUUACACUUGUGGCAGAUGAAAUAGUUGAUCUCAUCGACGACGAAGAAAAUCAGGAUGCAGCUGAGGGCAAAAGUGUCGCCAAAAAUAAGGGCAAAGACAAGGAUUUACUCUCCACAAAUGCGGAACAGGAAGAAACUGAUGUCUACCUAACAGCCACAUCCUUAGCCUCGUUACAGCGCGUACACAAAGCUGGAGUUAGGGAUGCAAAGAGUACAUCACCAACGCGUAGACGUGGUAGAAAAUUGAAAGAGGAAAUUGAGUUAGAGGAAGAUGAGGACGACGACGAUGACGAUGACAAGCCGUUGAAGCCCAAAAGUGAAAAGAACGGCGGCGAAAAGCAAGAACCUGAAAUGCGAAGCCGUACGCCGGCACCACGUCAACGCAGCCGACCACCGCCGGCGAAUGGACGCAAAGCGCCCAGUGAGCGUGACUUCGAAAAGGAAAGCGACGACACGGCGAGCGUCAAGAAUGACAACGAAAGCACCACCAGCACAGUUGUCAGCACGCGGCCAUCACGCGUCAGCAAAACGAUGUCUAAAUAUUACAAAGGUCCAGAUAAAUCGCCCGGCACACCGCGACGAUCUGCAGUCUCGACGCGCAGCAAUAGGGGGAGAAGUUAAGUCAUCCCUUAAGCGGUUCUUUGUGUGUAACACAAUUAGAGAAUGGGUUCUCUUAUCAGCGGCAGUGAAUUAUUCUUAUAUUAAGCCGAAUUCCACGCUAAGCGCUGAGUAAUCAUAUUUCUAUUUAUGUUACGUUAUGGUUUACGUAUAUUUUUCUUCUGUAUACAAUUUUUCUCUCAUAUAAAGCUUAUUUUUUUCCUUUUUGUGUAUAUAACGUAUAUAAAUAUAUAUA